GUCCUGCGUCGUCCCAAUUCGUGAUCGCAUCGACCCGUCACCCGUCCAGCCAUGAUGGGCCUGGACAAUGAGCUCGCGCUCUUCCUCGCCGCCGCCGUCCUCCCCGCCGCCCUCCUCGUCCUCCGCCUCCUCUACAGGACCUCGCUCCUGCACAAAUUGGCCGCGCUCCUCCAAUCCGUGGAGGACCGGUGCUACGUGUACCAGUACUACAAGAUCCCCCAGCACAACGAGCACCUCCAGGAGAACCAGCUCUACCGCAAGGUCUCCACCUACCUGACCUCCCUCCCCUCCCUCGAGGACUCCCACCACACCAACCUCUUCUCCGGCGCCCGCUCCAACGACAUCGUCCUCCGCCUCGACUCCGACCAGGCCGUCGCCGACCGGUUCCUCAGCGCCCGGGUCUCGUGGGCCAACGAGAAGGGCGGCGAGCCCGAGGGGCGGCGGGCCUUCGUGCUGAAGAUCAGGAAGAAGGACAAGCGCCGCGUCCUGCAGCCUUACCUGCAGCACGUCUUCCAGGUCUCCGACGAGAUCGAGCAGAAGAAGAACGAGGUGCGGCUGUUCAUGAACCUCGACGGGGGCGGCCGGCCCGGGGAGGGCGGCGGCCCGCGGUGGCGGCCGGUGCCGUUCACCCACCCGGCGACGAUCGACACCGUCGUGAUGGACCCGGAGCUGAAGAGCAAGGUGAAGUCGGACCUCGAGAGCUUCCUCAAGUCGAAGCAGUACUACCACCGGCUCGGCCGCGUCUGGAAGCGGAGCUACCUCCUGCACGGCGCGUCCGGCACCGGGAAGUCGAGCUUCGCGGCGGCGCUGGCGAAGUUCCUCGGGUACGACAUCUACGACGUCGACCUCUCCCGGGUCGCCGACGACUCCGACCUGAAGGCCCUCCUCCUCCAGACGACGGCCCGGUCGGUGAUCGUCGUCGAGGACCUCGACCGCUUCCUGGAGAAGAAGCCGACGGACGUGAGCUUGUCCGGCGUGCUGAGCUUCAUGGACGGGAUCAUAUCCUGCUGCGGGGAGGAGCGGGUGAUGGUCUUCACGAUGAACGGCAAGGAUCGGGUCGAUCAAGCGGUGACGAGGCCCGGCCGCAUAGACGUCCACGUGCACUUCCCCCUAUGCGAUUUCUCCGCCUUCAAGGGCCUGGCGAGCAAUUACUUGGGGCUCAAGGAGCACAAGCUGUUCCCGCAGGUGGAGGAGAUCUUCCAGGCCGGGGCGAGGCUGAGCCCGGCCCACAUCGGCGAGAUCAUGAUCGCGAACCGGUCCUCCCCGACCCGGGCCCUGAAGACCGUGAUCGGCGCCCUGCAGAGCAGCAGCGAGGGCCGGGGAGCCGCGACCAAGGACGGGGCGACGCUGACCGGUAGCCGGUCCGGGCGGGGCGGGAAUGAGACCGCCGAGCCCGCCUCGGUCUUCUGUAGGGAGAGCGUUCACACGGUCAGGGAGUUCGGGAAGCUGUACGGGCUUCUGAAGUUGGGCAGCAGGAGGAGAGACAAUUCCAUGGACCUGAGCUCCGGCGAGAAGGAAGGGUCGAAGCACGAUGGCCAAAGUUGAAGGAUGUUCGAAAUUGGUCACUCGAAUUGAAACGGGCUAACCUCACGGAAACAGCGAUUAGCGAUUUUGCGUUUCGCCCUAUUCUUUGGUCAUCAAAUCGCCGUCUCAUCACGAGAAGACUUAACAUCGAUGUAUAACUAGGAAAUUAAUGUUUAUUUCUUAUUUUUCGCCAAAGAAAUCAUAAGUGAAAUUGCUUGAUCUUUGUAUAAUCCGUCCAUAGCAAUGAAAACCGUUCGUUUUUCUUCUUCGGCA